UCACUCACUAUCUCGAAGCUAUUUAAGAAUAUAAGAAUAUUAGAAUUUUGUACAGUGAUAAGAAAACAAUUUGAGAAUCCCACUGUAAACAUGUCACAGGAUGGGGAUUCCAGUGAAGUGGCGUACGACAGUGAAUCUGACGAAUUGGAUCAGAAAUUCUUAGACAAUGUCACAGUGAAGACUGGCUUAGUGCCAGUUUUUCGUGUUUCUGUCACAGAGGCUGUCAAAGAUGGCUCAAGUUUACAGUUUACCAUCAUGUCCUCUCGUACAGAAAGAGAAGGUGGUUUGGUGGUGACUCGUCAAUUUGAGGACAUAGAGUGGCUGCAUCAUCAACUUGUAACAGGCAAUGACACCAAAGGCCUCAUUGUGCCUCCACUUCCGACCAAACCAGAAUUUGAUCCAAAAAGUGCAGAAUCAAAAUCAAAGAAACAGCUUGGUCCUGACAGCAAUAUUUUGAAGCCAGAUGAUUUUGAUUUGGAAUGUAAAGCUAUUCAGAAGUACCUUUCUUCAAUGUUAUCACAUUGUGUUCUUGGAAGAGACGUGAACUUGGAGCGGUUUUUGUCAGAGAAAGAUGCACCUACUAGAACUAAAAUAUCAAAAGGGAUUGUGGGAAAGCUGUCACUGGCAAUAGACAAUGCUAGGAAAGGACAGCACAAAGAUAUUGAUGAAUAUUUUGGGAAACAAAGGGAGUGGUGCACAGAAUAUAACAAGGCUGCCAAAGAAACAUCGCAGAAUUUUAACAAAAUGGUACAGGCCCAAUGGCGAUUAUCUGCAGCAAAUCGAAAUUUUGCAAAUGCUCUUCGUACUUUGUCACCUUCUGAAAAUGAAUCAACCAACACUGUAAACAGAAUAUUCUCCAGAUUUGCUGAGGGUAUCGAAAGUGCACAGAAGGGACUGGAGGUACAAAGCAGAAAUGAUGAGAAUCUUCUUGGCUUUGAGCUGGAUCUCUUGGCCCGCAGCAUGGAGUCAGUCAGAGAAAUGUUGUUUCAAAGAACUUGUUUACUUGUAAACUAUGAGGACGCAACUCGAGCAUUAGAAAAGGCUAAACCACUUAAACGACAAGCAGCUGAAGAUGCUAAAAUGACAGCAGAGUCAGAGUAUACAAAAUGUACAGAAACUGCAAGGAAAGAGUUGAGAACCUUCAUGCAUCAGAGAGUACUUGCCAUGCAAGAUGGACUUUCAUUAUUUGCAGAGGCGCAAAUGAAGACAUCACAGGAUACUUACACACUUCUGAUUAGAACUUUGAAAACUAUUCAGAUUGAAAUGUGAACCAGCAUUUAUAAAAUAAGUUUUUUAUAUUCAUCCACAAUUCUGCCUUUGUUCAUUUCCAUUAAUCAUAAUCAUUCAACCCUUUUGACUGGUUGCAAGAAUUAAGCUUGUACAGUUUGCAUGUCUCAUAAACAUAAAUUAUGUCACGACGGCUGAAAUACAUCGGAAGCUUAACUUAUGUUACCUAAAAUGUUUCAUAUUGUGAAGAUGAUACAAUGAUAGGAAUGUAUAUACUGUCUUCUGAAAAGAAUCUGUUUGUUUAUUUUGAAUAACUUUCAUGGAAAAAGAAAACUAGUACAACAUACAAGUAAAAGGAUCUGCUUACAGAGCUGAAAAAAAUUAUAUCAAAGGUUGUGCUGCUGCUGUAGGACAUUGUAAUAAUACGUCACUCUAGCCUGUUGACUCUGUAAAUGCUCUUCUAAAAGACUGACCUGAAUGCUACACAUUUUUUAAAUGAUUAGUUUGUUCAUUACAAGAUACAGUACUCAUUUUUCAAGUGAAUAACAUUGUUACUUUCACAAGACAUAAACCCUUUAACACCACUGUUCUUAGUUGUUUGAAAAAAAAAGAUCAUGACAUUUUCCAAUCCCACCAUGUCUCAAAAAAGGCCGAACUGAAGGGGCUGCCUAAAAUCAGGUCCGCUGGCAAGGUGUUGUUGUGGCCCUAUGCUCCUUGAGGAGUAACAAGGAAUAAACUAAACAAUGUCUCAAAAGUAGGUUCACUAUUCAUGCAAUGCCCCAUUAGCAUGAGCUAGAAGUUCAUCUUUUGGUUUGAAACCAGAGACUAAAAUCUAGGUCAGUCUACUAAAGUUUUUGAAAAAAUACACUUCUUUUGUGUUACAGGUUAGAGACAGUGCUGUUUUGUUUUGUUGAGCCAUCAGGAACGUUGAGCUUAAUUUUGUUUUUGACAUGGAUUAGUCUUUAAAAGGCUAGAAAUGUCAAUAGAAUCAUGGACUGUAUAGAUGGACUGCUGUCUGUCUGCCGAGACCAGUGCUUAGCCUCUUGCGAAGUUCUCUGCUGUUAAUCUAACAAUGUUAACAAUGAAUGUGACUAAACCGGUAGCUUUGUAUACACCAGCCUUGUUUUAGUAGUUAACUGGAAAAAAAUCAUCUGCAAGCUGUCCAGUAAUACAAGUUUGUGAUAGAAUGGAUUCAAAGAGCUGACAUUCCUAAAAGACUGCCGAUGCUAAAAGUGAAAAAUGUUGUUACAGUGCAUGGGCAGUUUGAUGCCCUCAUAAUGUAGACUUAUGAUUGUUAGUUAAACUCUUUCAAAAUACUCAGUGGUUAUGUCUAUACAUUGUGUUCAUACUCAGGUUCUUGUAAAGAUGCAUAAGUAUUUUGCUUCUUUAAUGGGUAAAAAUCUUUUCAGUAUUUCAUAAAACAUUGGGCAACGACUGUUUCAGCUUGUUUGCUUUUGUCACAAAUGUUGAAUCCAUGUUGUACAUGCCAAGUAAAUGCAUGUACCUAGGUGUGCACAUGUGCAUGCACACACUCACACAAUCUGUUGGUUAGAUAUUAAUCAUUGUAGCAUGUCUACCUUUUAUGUGCACUUUAUUGUAUAUAUAAGAUUGUGUGGUGUUUUUGCCUGUUCCCAAGGCGCUAGAAGAGUUCCGAUAAAAAUUACUUAUUGUAAGACAAUUUAAGAAUUUUCACUGUUUAAUCUGUUCCAAGAAAGCCUCAGAGGAGCAAAUUUUUACCUUUGAUAACAAGUUUUUGCAUUUUUAUGAGAAAUAUCAUUCCAUUGCUCUUUUCGGGUAAUGCUUACAAAUUUUUUGUUAUUUUAGAGUGUGAUGCUCAAAAUGAUCACGUCAAUGUCUUUUCUGUUUCCUGGUGCUCAGGAUGAUCUGUAUUAUAGUGGUUAAAGUGUCUAACAUGUCUAAAAGGAAGCAUAAACAAUAGCUGGCAAACAUUUUGCAGUUUCUGUUGUAGCUUCUUGUUGUUACUUUUAAAACUGGCAGUAAUGCAGCUGUGAUUUUGGCAAUAAAUUAAGACCGUGAUGGUGAUACUGAAUGUGAAGGCACACAGUGAUGGUGACAUCACUGUAUCCUUGUGGAUGUUACAGUGCCUUUUUUAUAAAUAUUUGUAUACCAUUAGCAUAGGUUUAUUAUAUGUGUACAUGUUGAUGCAUAUUGAGUGGCCUUAUUAUUUGCAGCAUAGGUCAUGUUUAACUGCUACACGCUAAAGCAAAUUUUUCCCCUUAAUUCGCUGUAUUACAAAUUUUUGCAAACUUUUGCAGACUUGAUCACGCUACAUUUUCUGAUCACAAAUGGUUUUGUGCAAGAAAAAAAUUCAUUUGCCUUAUAAUGUUUUUCAUUCUUAAGUGUAUAAAUCAGCUAACAAUUUCUUCCAGAUCAAUGUAACAGAUAUUAAUGCUUAAUUAUUGGUGCAGAUUGCAAUAGUAUGUAUAAAGUCCACAUGGAUGCCAAAGAUCAUAGAUAUGAUACAAUCAAAGAAUGCAUUUAUUUCAAUUUGAAAUUUAAUAAGAUUUAAAUAAUUUCCAUGAUGUAAAUUUGCACCAGAAAAGUUUUUUUAAAUAACAAUAAGAAAAAAGGAGACAUGAGAUUUAUCAAAAUGAAGUCCCUCCAAACAUCCUCUGCCAUAUUUAAGAUUGCUCUCUGUCAGGAAGAGAAAGGCAUGAGGAAAUGGGAAAGGCUAUGUUUCCUUGAGAUGGUAUGUUGCUUUCUAAAAAAAUAAAUCUUACACAAUUAUAAAUGCCAAUCAUUGAAAAUAACCUGCUGUAACAUUCCAUAUGGUGAAAUUAAUGGUCUGCCUUUUGUUUGUAACUAUUGCAAUGAAACUAUUUGAACCACU